CCGGACCGGUCGGCGGCUGACUCCGGCUCGCCUCGCCGCCCCAAGGAUUCCCGCGGCCUCCUCCCGACCCAGAAUCAGGGACUGCACCAAGCGGCGCUCCGCCCACCCUCCCAGUGACCACCCCUGCCCCGGUGACAGCCCCUCUCCUGACUCUGUUCAUCAGGGCUUUUCCACGCCCACGGAGGUGACUCAGCAGUGGCCCUGCCCGGGAGGAACUCACAGUCUAGCGCGGCAGACGUGGCCAGCUGUUGUGUGCCCCCCAGUGAGAGGGUGAGGCCCCCGGAACCUGCGGAGGUCACCCCAACCUGGCUUGGGGUCAGGGCCACCCUGGAUUCACCUCGGAACCCCUUCUUCUUCUACCACCCCCACCCCUCUCCCAAGGCUGGUUUGGACAGGCCAUGGUGUUAGAACGGCUACCCACGCUGGCCAUGCCCAUGCCUACGAAGGGCACUCUGCCACCCCUGUGUGGCACCCCCACCCCAGUCCCUGCCUACUUCCGCCACGCAGAACCUGGCUUUUCCUUCAAGAGGCCCAGGGGUCUCAGUCGAAGCCUUCCGCCCCGGCCGCCUGCCAAGGGCAGCAUCCCCAUCAGCCGCCUCUUCCCCUCACGGACCCCAGGGUGGCACCAGCCCCAGCCCCGGAAAGUGUCCUUCUGGGGUGAGGCCUCAGAGACCCUGCAGAGCUCUGGCUAUAACCCGAGCCGGCCUGAGUCCUUCUUCCAGCAGUGUUUCCAGCGGCUCGGCCUCCUGGGCCACGGCUCCUAUGGAGAGGUGUUCAAGGUUCGUUCCAAGGAAGAUGGCCGCCUGUAUGCCAUCAAGCGCUCCGUGUUGCCGUUCCGGGGCCCGAAGGACCGCGCCCGCAAGCUGGCUGAGGUGGGCAGCCACGAGAAGGUGGGGCGUCACCCACGCUGUGUGCGGCUGGAGCGUGCCUGGGAGGAAGGUGGCCUGCUGUACCUGCAGAUGGAGCUGUGUGGGCCCAGCCUGCAGCAGCACUGUGAGGCCAAGGGCACCGGCCUACCUGAGGCCCAGGUCUGGGGUUACCUGCGGGACACCCUGCUCGCCCUGGCCCACCUGCACAGCCGAGGCUUGGUCCACCUUGACAUCAAGCCUGCCAACAUCUUCCUGGGGCCUUGGGACCGCUGCAAGCUGGGUGACUUUGGGCUGCUGGUAGAGCUGGGUGCAGCUGGGGCUUGUGAGGCCCAAGAGGGGGACCCCCGCUACAUGGCCCCCGAGCUGCUGCAGGGCUCCUAUGGGACAGCGGCAGACGUGUUCAGUCUGGGCCUCACCAUCCUGGAAGUGGCCUGCAAUAUGGAGCUGCCUCACGGUGGGGAGGGCUGGCAGCAGCUGCGCCAGGGCUAUCUGCCCCCUGAGUUCACUGCAGGUCUGUCUGCUGAGCUACAUGGCGUCCUUGCCAUGAUGCUGGAGCCGGACCCCACACUGCGGGCCACGGCCGAGGCCCUACUGGCCCUACCCAUGCUCAGGCAGCCAAGGCCCUGGAGUGUCCUGUGGUACAUGGCAGCUGAAGCCCUGAGCCGAGGUUGGGCCCUGUGGCAGGCCCUGCUGGCCCUGCUAUGCUGGCUUUGCCACAGGCUGGCCCACCCUGCCAGCUGGCUGCAGCCCCGGGGCCCUCCAGCCACCCCGCCUGGCUCGCCACCCUGCAGCUUCCUCCUAGACAGCAGCCUCUCCAGCAACUGGGAAGAUGACAGCUUCAGGCCCUCACUCUCUCCAGAGGCUGUCCUGGCCAGGACUGCUGGGAGCACCUCUACCCCCCACAGCGGCUCCCCUGCCCCCUGGAGCAGGGACCCCCUGGACCUAAGUGACAUUGACUCAGCACCUUCUCUGGGCUCCUUCCCUUCUUUCGAGCCCCGGAAUCUCCUCAGCCUAUUUGAGGACUCACUGGACUCAACCUGAGCCCCACAGCCCAACCUCAGUACUUUUAACCUUUUACCCCCGCCCCUCCCAAAUGCGGGUGCCCCUCUGGGGACCCCCAAUGCCCUCUGCCUAGCAUGUCUAAUAAAAGUUAUUUGAGUCUUGGGAGCACCCCAGCUUGCUCAGGUGGCAA